AUGCUACGCCUUGGCCGACGCGGCAUCAUCUUGUCGCUCUUUGUCAACAGUCUCAACAUCGCACUCUAUCUCAUCAUCCUCGCCGCAUCCUGCCUCAACAUCAUCGAGGCCUCUGUCAACUUUAUCAUCCUCAAUAUCUUUGCCGCUUUUGGCUGUCUGAUCGCCUCCCCGAUCCCAUUCAACCUAUUCGGAGGGAUCAUCGUCGUCUGUAUGGGCCUGGCAUUCUUUAUGCUCUCCUACGUCAGUCUCAUCCCCCCACUCGACGGUCUCAUCCUCAACUACAAGAAGCUGGACCAGUGGAAGGAGCAGAAGCAUUUCCGCGUCCAGUUGGAGGCUCAACGGAUAUACGAACAGCAACUGCAGCAGGAGCAAAAUUUGACGAGGAUGAUCCCUGCACACCAUCCGAAUUCUAUGACGGUCCAAGGUCAUAUGGCUAUGGGGAGUCCGAAGCAAAUCCGUGCAUUUUCGGCUAUUAAUGCGGGGAGUGCUUUGUUUAAUGGCUCUGGUGGUAUGAUGGGCUGUGCUGGUAGUGGAGGAGGUUAUGAGGGGGGUGGAAAUGGAGGCGGCGGAUCUGGUGGUGGAGGAGUGUCACUGACGGCCAUGUUUUCUCCGCCUAUUUCUCCUUCUCGACGGAUGGGUCAUCAUCCACACACUGGAUCACCCUUGUCAGGACAGCACCACUACUCAGAGAAGGAGGUUCAGUUCCCUCGACACCAGCCACAGAGUAAACUGCAAGGAUCGGUCUCCAACUUUUUACCGUCAGGAGCAGGAGGAGGAUAUCAGACCACGCAGCAGUUGGCUGCGGUUAGUCAUGAUAAUAUGUCAAUGACAAGCGGUCAUCAUGACCCUGCUUCUAACAGCCUGCAGGAUCAUGCUUCGAUCGCACAGAGUAAAGGGCACCAUUCUCUGCAGCAUGAACAAAACAUGUCCACCUACGACGACUCAACAGUGCCAGAAGGACGGGGAGGUAGGCGACAGUCAGUCGGCGCUCAUACUGGAGCCCAGGACAAGAGUCUCCCUCCCAUCAUCACAUCAGGAGUCGGAGCAGGCGACCAACAACAGAACUUUGCACUUCCUGCCACACUUGCGCUUUCACCCCCACCCAUCCGUCGGUGGAGUAACACCACCUCAGUCCCUGGAUCACCCCUGCAGUACCUCUGCGUCAACAACGACGACUCUACACCAACACCAUCCCAAGCCAGCGACUUUAACAAUCAGUCUGAGGCACCUACUCCAGUCUUUGCUGCUACUACCGUAUCUGUAUCUGCUGGGAACAAGACGGAGCUCAGGGAUGAAUAUGACUAUGCGUCAGCCACAGAGAACUCGAUCCUCAAGUCAUCUUCUCAACACCAACCCCCUUCUGUUCGUCAGUACGGAAACAGUAUGUCACGCCGGCCUGAUCAACAGCACCAGCAAUCACAACACCAGCUCCCCUUGCGGACGACCAACAAACCAACACCACCACACGACCCCUUUCGUAAAACAUCUCUCUCAGGCGUCAGUCGAGUUCCCUUCCAGAGUCAGUACCAACCACCUGAGCCUCCGCUUCAAGGCGACAUGGGCAACCAUUCCUUGCCUCAGCAGCCUACAGCAUACUACCAGGACUCAGCUGUGCAUGCAGGAGUGCCAUCAAUACCCACAUCAGCAGCAGGGAUAAGCUCCAUUGGAGCGAUCGGUGGUGGAGGCGGAGGCGGGGUAGGUGCAGGAGGGGCGGCGGCAAUGACGGCGACAGGUCGCAUUCUCUCAUCGAUAGGUGGUAUGUCUGGUUGCUACGGGAUCAUAGGAGGAGUUCCCCAACCUGCCAUGAUGAUGGGAGCCGGUUUGCCCACAAUGACGACCACCGCAACCUACAGAGGAUUAAGCUCACCAAGCAGCAGUUCCAAGCAACAACAGCGACAACUCCAGCACCAGCAACAACAACUCCAACGAGAACAACAACAAUUGCAUGAAAAACAGAGACAGCUACAGCAGCAGGCAUCCAGUACUCCUAUAUAUGGGAGCGGGGUCAUUCAUGCUACUUCACACCAGCCAACACCAUCCACUGCCACCUCUGCAUCGACAAGGACUGCAAGGAUAUCUUCUAACCACAGCACAAGCAACAACAGUACUGGAAGCAAAAGGAUAGGCGAUAGCAAAGUUGGCAAUUUCCAAUCUACUCAUAUACCCACUUCUACAAUCAACCCUGGACUGAAAGCUGGCUGUCGCAACACGGGGAAUCAACAGCUACAGUACAUGCCAGAUAUUGUCUUGACACUCCCAACUCCUGCAGACAAUGGACUUGUCGCACGGAAAGAAGGGUACUUUGCUAUGUAG